GAAUCUAAAGGAGGCGCGAGGCAGCUUGCACUGGGCAAGAACGCGGCUGCAAGAGCGACGGGGUUUUCUGCCUCUUUGAAGCAUCAUGGAUCGCGGGGACGAGGCCGUCGUUUUCGUUGCUGCUGCAAGGACCCCUGUCGGAUCCUUCAAUGGUGCCUUGUCAACCCUGCAUGCCCAUGAAUUGGCUUCAGUAGUCAUUAAAGAAUUGUUGGAGAGGACAAAAAUUGAUCCUAAAGAAGUAUCUGAAGUUAUACUUGGACAAGUAUUGACUGCAGGUGCUGGCCAGAAUCCUGCUCGACAAGCCAGUGUUGGGGCAGGGAUUCCAUAUGAGAUACCAGCUUGGAGUUGUCAAAUGAUAUGCGGAUCAGGCCUGAAAGCCAUAUGGCUCGGGGCUCAGUCUAUUAUGACAGGAGAUUCCAGUAUUGUGGUGGCUGGUGGUAUGGAAAACAUGAGCAAGGCUCCUCAUGUCAUUCAUUUGCGUAAUGGGGUGAAGAUGGGGGAAGCCUCUUUGCAAGACACUAUUAUCGUAGAUGGCUUGACAGAUGCCUUCUACUGUUAUCACAUGGGUAUUACAGCUGAAAAUGUGGCCAAACAGUGGAAGGUUACUCGAAAAGAACAAGACCAACAGGCUGUAAUGUCACAGAACAAGGCUGAAAAUGCCCAGAAGGGUGGAUAUUUUGAUAAAGAGAUUGUACCUGUGGUUGUCCCUUCUAGAAGAGGCCCCACGGAAGUGAAAGCUGAUGAACAUCCUCGUCAUGGGUGCAACCUAGAAACAGUGGCAAAGUUGAAACCUUGCUUCAUAACCGAUGGGACAGGCACCGUGACUGCAGCAAAUGCCUCAGGUAUAAAUGAUGGUGCCGCUGCUGUUAUUCUUAUGAAAAAAUCAGAAGCAAUUAAACGAAAUCUCAUUCCUUUGGCACGGAUCGUGUCUUCGGCUCAAGUUGGUAUUGAUCCUUCAGUUAUGGGAAUAGCACCCAUCACAGCAAUAAGAAAAGCUGUGGAAAAAGCUGGUUGGACAUUGGAUCAAGUGGAUCUAUAUGAAAUUAAUGAAGCUUUUGCUGCAUUAGGUGUUGCAAUAACAAAAGAACUAAAACUCAAGCCAGAAAAGGUAAACAUUGAAGGUGGGGCUGUUGCUCUUGGCCACGCCCUUGGAGCAUCUGGUUGUCGAAUCCUAGUUACACUUCUGCACUCACUAGAACGAACAGGUGGAAAACGAGGAGUUGCAGCUUUAUGUAUAGGAGGAGGAAUGGGCAUAGCUAUGUGUAUAGAAAGAUAAAGGAAACUUUUCUUUGAUUUUAUAUCAAUUUGUAACACAACUUAUCUUUAUUAGUAAGUAAUAAACAAUAUUAGCCAAUA